AUGGAAGUGUAUGAUGUUUCUGAAACUAGAAACUAUGAUUCUGCCAUGAUUGACGGUACUGGUUUAAAUUCACACUUCUCAAGCCCAAAUCUUGAACAAACUGAGGUCAUGACUAACGAAGGAGCCCCUGAAUUUUUUGUUGAUCAGAACAUGUAUUUCCCUGCUGCCACCAAUUAUGGGUAUUACUGUACAGGAUUUGAAACACCUGCGGAAUGGGAGGACCACCAUAGGAUUUUUGGCGUAGAUGGUCCCAAUAAUCAGUACACGGGUGCACAAAAUGAAAGUUUGCCAUAUGUAUAUUAUAGCUAUGGAUAUGCACAGUCUCCAUACAAUCCCUAUAAUCCUUAUAUUCCAGGUGCAGUGAUUGGAGCUGAUGGCUCAUUUGGAGGGCAACAUUAUUACACUCUCCCCAAUUAUCAAAACCCAGUUUCUACUCCUGGUUAUAUUCCCCUUGUUCCACCAGACAAUUUUGCUGAUAGUUCUGCAGAUUCCCUUUUUGGAGCCAGUGCUUCUGUCAGUAAACCUGAUGGAAGAGGUUUGAAACAUAAGUUCAAUUCAGCUUCUGGUAACUUUUCUAGGAACUCUUCAAAAUUUUUAUCAAAUCAGACAAGUUCAUUGGCCAGGGUAUCAGAAGGGCCAAGAGCUAAUGAUGGGAGGAAACAAGAUUUGACACAUGCAAGUGUGUCUGGAGGUAGUUUUCUCAAUUUAGCUUCACCAGCUGUUCAUCAGUCUGCAGUUGCUAAACUUAGGCCGAAGUUUCACAUGGGCAAAGUUCCAAGUGGUGGAAAUGGAAGCUCCGAUAUAUUGGGUGAGCAAAAUCGGGGCCCUAGAGUUGGUAGAUCAAAAAAUCAGCUGUCUGUGAAAGCCUAUUCAACAGUGGCAGGAGAUGGUAAUGAACAGGGGAAUAUUGUCAUUUAUACUGAUCAAUACAACAAGGAGGACUUUCAUCUUGACUAUGAAAAUGCAAAGUUCUUUGUUAUAAAAUCAUACAGUGAAGAUGAUGUGCACAAAAGCAUUAAAUAUAAUGUGUGGUCAUCAACGCCUCAUGGAAAUAAGAAGCUGGAGAAUGCUUAUGAGGAUGCCAAGAAAAUAGCAGCUGAAAAGUCUGGUGUCUGCCCCAUCUUUCUAUUUUUUUCUGUUAAUGCAAGUGGGCAGUUCUGUGGAGUUGCAGAGAUGGUUGGUACAGUUGAUUUUAAUAAGAAUAUGGACUUUUGGCAGCAAGACAAAUGGAGUGGAAGCUUUCCUGUAAACUGGCACAUCAUUAAAGAUGUACCAAAUCCAAAUUUUAGGCACAUUAUACUGGAGAACAAUGAAAAUAAGCCAGUAACUAAUAGUAGAGACACACAAGAGAUAAUGUAUUUGAAAGGUUUGGAAUUGCUGAAAAUAUUCAAAAACCAUCCAUUGAAGACAUCUUUACUUGAUGACUUUAUCUACUAUGAAAACCGCCAAAAGAUUAUGCAGGGUGAGAAAGCCAAGUUGGCUGGUAAGAAUUUUGAUAGUCCAAUAUUUGUACCUGUAUUGGAAGCUUCUCGGAAGCUGAAAUUUAUGUCAACUGACAAUUAUGAUAAGAAUUCAAAGCCCAAGGAUGAUUAUGAUCGCUUAAAACAGAUCUCAGUUUCAAGUUCUGAACAGAUUGCUAGUAAUUCUGAUGUUAGUUGCAUCAAGCCUGUGGAUGAGAGAGCUGAGAAAACUGUUGAUGAAGAUAUUUCUUCUAUCUUAAAGAUUGGUUCAGUCACUAUUGCCCCCAAACAGGUUGAGGCUAAACAAUCCAUAAGCAUUGGUAAUAAGGAACCAGUUGAUGUCCUUACAGUAGGCUCGAUGCAGGUCAAAGUCAAUGGGUUUGCUACAUCUUCUGGUUUUUUGAAGGUUGGCAGUAUCCCACUUGAUGCAAGAGCAUUGCAGCUGGGGGAAGGAGUUCCCCCGGAUAAAAAUGGACCACAACGUUAA